CUGUAACAGUGGAUCCGGCGCUGUCAGUGCGGCGGGGAGCGUGGGGCAGAGCGGCCGGGAGGCAGCUGGCUGGGGUCGCUGUUGCUUGAUCGCCCAGCCCCGCUCCCCGGCUGGGGGGGUCCCUCUCCCUGUCGCCAGCUCCCCUGCGCGCCCCCCCCUUCCGUCCCUGCUCCGGCUGUCCCCGUUCUCGUGCCCUGCCCCCCCAGGAUCCAGACACAUGGAGCUGCUGUGCGUGGAGGGGGCCCCCCGCGUGCCCAGGGCGGAGCGCGAUCCCCAGCUGCUGGGGGACCGGCGGGUGCUGCAGAACCUGCUGAGCCAGGAGGAGCGCUAUAGUCCCCGGGUCUCCUACUUCCAUUGCGUGCAGAAGGAGAUCAAGCCGUACAUGCGGAAGAUGCUGGCUUUUUGGAUGCUGGAGGUGUGUGAGGAGCAGAAGUGUGAAGAGGAGGUCUUCCCCUUGGCUAUGAACUACGUGGAUCGCUACCUGUCUUCAGUUCAUACUCGAAAAAAUCACUUGCAGCUCCUGGGGGCCGUCUGCAUGCUCCUGGCUUCCAAGUUGCGAGAGACCAUGCCCCUGACUGUGGAGAAACUCUGCAUUUACACAGACAAUUCCAUCACACCAAAGCAGAUCUUGGACUGUGAGUUGCUAGUUCUCGAGAAGCUAAAGUGGGACCUGGUGUCCGUGAUCGCCAACGACUUCUUGGCUCACAUCCUCCAUCGGCUCCCUCUGCCUGCGGACAAGGUAGAGCUGGUGAAGAAGCACGCCCAGACCUUCAUCGCCUUGUGCGCCACAGAUUACACCUUUGCUAUGUACCCACCAUCCAUGAUAGCCACAGGCAGCAUUGGGGCGGCGAUUCACGGCCUGUCUGUCUUAGCUGACUCUGUCUCCGAUGAGGCACUCACCGAGAUGCUGGCCAGCAUUACCGGCACGGAGGUGGACUGCCUGAAAGCUUGUCAGGAGCAGAUUGAAGCCGCCUUAGCCGAGGGCCUGAAACAGAUUUCCCAGUCCCGACAGGAAUACAGUUCCACCAAGAGUCCAGACUACCCGGCCAGCCAGGACCUCAACAUGACCAGCACGCCUACAGACGUCACAGACAUCAACCUGUGAUGAACCCCCCUUCCCCUCAGUCACCCAGCCUCAUGAGAAUGGGACCUCGCGCUGAAGAGGGAGAGGCCUUGGGGGAACCUGCUGCCCACUAAUUCCAUCUGUCUGAAACAUACCAGGACUCAGUCCACUCACUGGGGAGGUGGCAAGGACCUAUCAGCUGUCCAUCCAGUCACACCAGAAAGGGGUAGGAGGAUAGACGGUGGUUGAUUUCUCAAGGGGUUGUCUGGCAGGAGUUUGCUGCCCAUACUGCUAACCUGCCUCACCAGAUGGUAGCAGGGGGAAAUGUUCAUGUUGGGCAGGAAUUAAAAUACAGCGGGGGAGGAAGUGAGAGAGCCUAACUUCAGUUUUAAAGAGUUUUUCAGUUGGCAUUUGUCUUAAACAUAGUUGGUGCCCUGUUGCUGUUUUCUGUGUCCUAAGGUACCUCCACCUCAACUGCAGCCAACCCCUCUGUGCAUGCACUCCAUGCACGUUACAUGAAGGGCUAGCUCUUAUAUUCUCUUGGCUUCUGUGAUGAAGAAACAUUCACCCAGUGACUUGUGCAGUGGAGUAGUCCUGAGUCUAUGGUGGCUUGGUUUGGGACCAAGAUGGGUUGAUGGAGAGCCAUACAGAGGGAAAUAAGCAGGUGAAUCCAUCUCCUCGCUGCUCACCACCAGGCUGCUUGUGUUUUUCCCACUAGGAGGGAAUAGCAGGGUUGUUUCUGUCACUAUUCAUUUUUUGCAUUUGCUCUGUGCAAGCGCUCCAUUUUAAGAACUGAUACCUGAGGUAAAAGCCCUUGCAAGAAGAGGACCUUUUGUGUGGGGCGCACUGGGCAUAUGGUUGGCACUGUACUUACUGCAUCUCACCUCCCUUAAAUCCCCUUUGCUUUCAGCCAUUCGACAAGGGAGGAUGAAACGGAAGAAUAUUGGGCAACUUUUUGGCAGGAAACUGGGGGCUUGCUUCCCUCCCCACCUCCUUUCCAAACCAGUGCUUUUAGCAUCCGUCCACAGGCCUCCAUCAAUCCGCUGAGCCUUCAGGGCUCUGCCUUAGAGAAGAGUUAGUUCAGACGCCACUCUGAUGUUAAAGUAUCUCAUGAAUGUGCUGCUAUAGUCCUACAUUUCUAUGAACUCUUCCAGAGGGUCUCAAAUCCAGCUGGAAAAAUAAAAAGCAGGAGGGUGAUAAAAAGAGAGGGGGGGCAAAUAUAAAGUGUUUUUAUGUGUUUUAUAUCCACGCACCCAAAAUAGGCCAUAAAUACUUGCAAGCACUUAUGGACCGAAAAAGAUGUGUUAGUUUGUUGUUCCUGUUUUUAGUUUUUUUUUAAAGUUUUAAAAAAAAUGCUGCUUUGAUGAGAGCCUCUUACACAUUACUAUUUUAUUAAAAGGCAGAAGCCAGCUGGACUUUUCGUCUGCUGAGAUGGGAGGUACAACACUGCUGCUUUAUAUUGAUUUCUGGGCCCUGGUGGCGUUUUACUCUGUGACUGUUGCCAGCCAGAGGGAGAUGGUUGGGAAACGUCUCUCUGAGAAUGCCACUGGAAACCAGAGUCUUUGUCAGGUGGAUAAAGCUCAGGCUGCUUUUUACUUCCACCUCUGUCCCCCAUCGUGCUUAGCCUGAUUUGCCAAAAAGGAAAGCUGUCUGCCACUGGCUUCUGCUAGCUGUUAAAGGUAGGAGGGGAUAGAGAUUACCUGAUGUUUGGGGGCUGUUUGUAUAAAAGGAAAAAUAAAUAUAUAUAUAUUAAUGAGUUAAUUUAAAAAUAAAAUUGUUUGUAUUAUCCAUAUGCAGAAAUCCCAGUGCUGGGAAAAUCAGAUGAGAGCAUAUGAUGUUGCAAUAAAAGACUUUUAAAAAAA